AGCUUUCAGUCAGGGUGUCUUCACAACAAAACAGGCAUUGCAUUGUGAGUCUGGUUAAAGGGAGAAGAAGGAACUGGGGAAGAGAAGGAAAACCACUGCAAGUUCAAAGGCACUUCUACACCUUUCAACUCAAAAUAAGCAAGAAGGCCUCCCUCGGUUGAUCUAAGAUUUGAAGUAGGAUUUUGCCCAAGCAAGAGCUCCUUAAAUUAACUUGGACAUUGACUGCUCAGUGUCCUACACAAUGCAGAACCAUCAGCAGUGGAUGAUAGGAGCUCUGGUGGUGGCUCUUUUGGUUCUCACAGCAAUGGCAGGAGACAUUGGCAAAGCAGAGAAACAAGGGAAGAAGGAGAGGAAGUCAGACUGUGGAGAGUGGCAGUGGAGCGUCUGUGUGGCCAACGUUGGGGAUUGUGGUCUUGGGACAAGAGAGGGAACUAGGACAGGAAAUGACUGUAAGCAGACUAUCAAAACUCAGAAGUGCAAGAUUCCUUGUAACUGGAAAAAACAGUUUGGGGGUGAAUGCAAGUAUGACUUCCAGGCAUGGGGGGAUUGUGACAUGUCCACUGGCAAGAAGAACCGUACGGGGGUCCUGAAAAGAGCCCUACCAGAUGCCACCUGUCCUGACACCGUCAGUGCCACAAAGCCCUGUGGCAAAAUUGUCAAGACAAAACUACAAGAUUCUAAGAAGCCGAAACGAGAGGGAAAGAAGAAGGAGAGAACUCCAAUGGACUAAUGGUGCUGCAGGCUAGUUAGGAAGAGCCUUUCACAAUAUUGACCAUUCUAUUUCUUUUCUUUAACUCUUUCCCACCCAUAGUAGGUCAUGAAUGAACCCAUUAUCAUGAUUGUAGCACAUACAGUAUGUGUAAGUAAGACAAAAAAUAAAGUGUUACUUUUUCCUAAAUACAGAUAUAAAUUUACUUGUAUUUCUUUUAGAGACUUUAAUUUCCAAUUAUAUUAAAAUACAAAGGGACUAAUAAUAGGCACUACAGUGCCUUGCAAAAAAAAAAACUUUCAAAAUGCAUGCUUGUAAAAUCAUAAUAAUAAAGACUUAACACUAUUGAGUAAUAUUUUUGUAGGUUUCAGUCUGGGCUGUAUAUUACAUAGAGGGAAAACUGUUAAUCCUUUUUUACACAAUUAUUUUUAUUAUUAUUACAAUGUAUUUGGGAGUGGUUAUUAUUUUUUUCUUCUGAGUACUGUACUGUAUACUUUUUAAAACAUCUGAGUCCAGAUUAAAUAAAAAAUAAAAAAAUUCGACCAAGCUAGAUCUCAGACCCAAUUCUUGACAGUAGCUACAUACAGGGAAAGAUGCGCAAAGCUACCAUGUCUGGAAUUUCCCAUUGGCAUGUGGGUCGAAUACUUUUUUAGGUCUUGUUCAAUUUGAAAACUAUAAGUCGAACUUUCAGGUGUGAAUUGAUUUUAUUGGUAUAACAUAUCUACAUAACAAACUGCAAUGGAUCAUUUCCAGUAGUUCUUAGUGUGAGCAAAAUUAUGUUAAGAUUAAAUAUAUGUUACCUCCUCAUCCACUGUCUCACUUCAGUGUUGUAAUAAACACAUGAAUCAGCA